AUGCUCACACCACCGCCCCGAAUACAAACGCAUCUUCCCCGACGGAGCCCUCGCUUCUUCUCCCACUCGUCGACUUCCUUCCGACAGAUGGACCCGCGAAAACCACCAGAAUACGACUACGACCCGAACCUAGGUGACCCGUGGUACCACCACCGCCUGCGAAACGCGAAGCCCCUCUUCAGGGGCAACGCCAGGACGAUCCUGCGCUCCCCGCGCACCCACACCGUCGUCGUCGUCUCCAUCGCCCUCGCAGUGGCCUUCUACUUCUACAACCUCGAGGUGGUGCCCGUCUCCGGGCGCAGGCGCUUCAACUGCUACUCGGAGAACACGGUCAGGCAGAUGUCGGACAUGCAGUACAGGCGGCUCAUCUACGAGAUGGAGCGCUCGGGCGCGCGCUUCCUGGGCGACUGGGACCCGCGCACGCUGAUGGUGCGCCGGGUCAUGGCGCGGCUCAUCCCCGUGAGCGGCGUGGAUGCCGACGGCGAGGACGGCGCCGACUGGGAGGUGCACGUCAUCGACGACCGCUCCACUGCCAACGCCUUCGUCCUGCCGGGGGGCAAGGUCUUCGUCUACAGCGGCAUCCUGGGGCUCGCCCGCACCGAGAGCCAGCUCGCCGCCGUCCUGGGCCACGAGAUCGCCCACAACCUCGCCAAGCACUUUGGCGAGCGUCUGUCGCAGUCCAUCGGGGAGUCCUUCUUCCUCGGCUCCGCCCUCAUGCUCCUGGCCGCCACCCCGCUCAUGUUCGUCGCGGGCUGGCUGUUUGGCGGAGACCUGCUGGGCCUGCUGUUCUCGCGGCCCAUGGGGCGCAUGCAGGAGAGCGAGGCUGACUAUAUCGGGCUGAUGAUGAUGGCUGAGGCGUGCUAUGACCCGCGCGAGGCCGUCACUUUCUGGCAGAGGAUGGACCAUAUGCACCAGCAGAGCGAUAUUGAGGUCCCGGAGUGGGCGUCGACCCACCCGUCGAACCAGCACCGUAUCGAGCGCAUCACUGGGUGGCUGCCAAAGGCUAUGGAGAAGCGCGAGGCCAGUGACUGCCACGGCACACAAGGCUUCGCGGAGAUGUUUAGACGCGCAAUGGCGAGGGGAGACGUAAUGAGCGGUGGUAUGUAG